ACAUACCUCAUGAGCUUUUCUCAGAUGUGAUAUCAUAUUCACAAUGAAUGAAAUGUUGGUUUUAUGUUAUAUUGGUUUCCCUAUACGCUUCACUUUCUCUCACAGUAAUGCCUCAGAGGCCAAAAGAUUCUGCCUCGAGCACGAAUGUCCCACAAACUGGAACAACGCCAAUGAAGACAACUGCUGCGUUUACCACGCCAACAUUCACUCCUGUCCUCUUGCGCUCAUGAGAGGCGGAGGGAUUUGUGGUCCCUGGAUUCCAGAUGAUGGUGAAAUUGUAACUCACACAGUAUCCAAAGCUGGCAAGAUGAGCCAACUGCUCUGGACAUCAAAGGUGGUGCUGGUCCAUUUAGGAGUUACAUCAGUCAUUGCUCAUAUCAAAGUGGGACAGAUGCAUGCAGCACUAGAGUCCAAGGUGUUAGUAGUCAGCGCCCAAGUGUGUGGCGACGGCAUCUGUGAGCUGGAGGAGAGCUGUCUGACGUGUCCCGCUGACUGUGGGGUUUGUCCUAUGCCCACUUCCAUCAAAGUGGCCAUUGGGCUUCCUGUGGCCUUGUUCUGCAGUGGUUUCAUCUUGACGCUGGUGUGGCUGCAAUACCAAAAACAGAAAAUGUUUUGGGAUGAGAGCUGGAUCAUCAACUACAAUAAUAUCAUGUUUGGUAAAGUGUGUUACACAGGGUUUUGUAGCACCACAAGUCUUCAGACUGUAAAGAGGAACUCCAGUGUGAGUAGAGUCACAGAUGUGACGGUCUGCACUGCAGUCAACACCAAAUUCAAACCACGCUUCAUUCAGGCUGGCAUCUAUGAUGGAAGGACUGUAGCUGUAAAACACAUACAGAAGAAACACUUUACCCUCACCAAAACAAUCAGAAAAGAGGUCAAAGAGGUCAGGGAGCUUGAUCACCCAAACCUUUCCAAGUUCUUAGGAGGCUGCAUUGAAGUUCCUUUCAUAAGCAUUAUCACUGAAUACUGUCCAAAGGGAAGCAUGGCAGACGUGCUGUUGAACGAGGAUGUCCCCAUCAAUUGGGGUUUUCGAUUGUCUUUUGCUACUGAUAUUGCUCGAGGAAUGGCUUACCUGCAUCAGCACAAAAUGUUCCAUGGCCGUCUUCAUUCACGCAACUGUGUGAUUGACGACCGGUGGGUCUGCAAAAUAUCAGAUUACGGGCUGAUGGCCUACAGAAAGGAGGACUUUGAGUACAACAUCAGCAGCAUCCAACAACAAAAAAACCUCUCACAUCAACUACUCACCACAAGAACUUCUGCAGAAAAAUCACCACCAUCACAACAGCAGCAGAUGAUUUACACAGUGGGCUUCACCCAGCUGUCCGGCUCCAGCACCCCUCACCAGGUUGUGGAUUUCCUCAACAAGCUUUACACCACAUUUGAUGACAUCAUCGACAACUACGAUGUGUACAAAGUUGAAACUAUAGGAGAUGCUUAUAUGGUGGUCUCGGGAAUACUCUCCAAAACACACCAUAAGAUACCCAACUCACAUCAAUACAACCCAAAACAGACCUUCAUCUGUCUGGAACUUAGUGUCAAGCUACGUCCUUUGAAUGAGAUGUUUUUUUAUGUUAUCUUAGGUCCCGUUGUAGCUGGGGUGGUUGGCACCAAAAUGCCACGGUACUGCUUAUUUGGCGACACUGUAAACACAGCAUCCCGUAUGGAGUCCACCAGUGAAGCUUUAAAGAUCCAGUGCAGUGGCUCUACAGCAGAUCUUCUACACACACUUGGUGGAUAUGUGCUGAUGUGUCGUGGGUCUCUCAAUGUGAAGGGGAAAGGCGAAAUGACAACUUGGUGGCUGGAGGCAAAAAGAAGCCCCACAGACCCUUUGUUCAGUGAAGACGAACCGUUGGGUCUUCCUGUUCCUGUUAGCAGUUAACCUAUGUGCUACGGUCACGACAGAAACCUUAACAAACAAAUAGACAAGUUUAGCAGAUAUGCUAACUGACUUAAGUGUAUACUUACUGUUGGUGUAUAAGUAUGUGCUAUUACAUUUGAUUGCUGCUAUGUUGAAAUAUUACUGCUGUUAUUGUUUUGUGUAUUAGACGAGAUGUUAUAUAUGUUGUGUUUGGAAGAUUUAAAAUGUCUUUGUCAUAUGAAGGGCAGAUGUGUUCGUAGAGACAUCUUUUCAUUAAAUAUCUGUGGUUAUUUUAUCUUCAUCAGUGCAUAGGUUGUAUUUUAAUGUAGAUAUGCUGGAAUAAAAUGUCCAAGUUGA